GCUAUGUGAGCGCUCACACACCCAGAGCAAGUGAUGGGAGACAAACUGAGUCCCUGACGCGCGUGUCGCUCACCUGCGAUAUUUCCAUUGCCUGUUUUGUGAUUUGCUUUAUAUAUUUUUCUUUUUUUCUGUCAAGAAUUUAAAAAACAAAUCCUUCACAUCCUCCAAGCAGAACUGGAGUUGAAGCAGGAGGUGAACGCCCGCCGUACAAUUCAUUAUCAGUUUCCAUGUGUUUUGGGAAAUUGCGCACCGGUUGUUCAGGACCUGAGUCAUGGCAGAGGAGUGAGGCGCCUUUGCCAAAAUGCCUGUUAACCGGAAUAUAACUUUUUCACAGCGGACCUAUGGAAUAUAGUCCGAUUUUACACAAUCUACAUGUUGUGCCAUCAUCCCACGUGAAAAACAAACUCUUCGUGUUCUGCAUAAUGCUGUCCCUUUGGGUGUAUAUGAUAUAUUGCUGUGUCGGCUACUGCUCCACGAUGCCCAACUUGGCGUACCGCUCGGUGAACAGACACGAGAACGACUCAGAAGUUGAUAACCAGGAGUCCUCUCUCGGGGCGUCCAGGGACUUACUGAAUAACGAAAACGAUUUGGACAGCAGAGGAGAGGAGUGGGAUGAAAUUAAAGGCGAGGCGAAGGCGUUGGAUGAUAAUGCCAUGUCAGGUUUCCUCAAUGAGUCGGAAAGUAAAAAGUUGCCCCAGGCGAUCAUCAUCGGGGUGAAGAAAGGAGGGACCCGGGCGCUGCUGGAGUUUCUGCGCCUGCAUCCAGACAUCAGAGCGGUGGGAGCGGAGCCGCACUUCUUCGACCGCAACUACGACAAGGGACUGGAGUGGUACAGGGAAUUGAUGCCCAAGUCAUCAGAGGGCCAGUUAACCAUGGAGAAGACUCCAAGCUACUAUGUCACCAAGGAGGUCCCCGCAAGAAUCUACACCAUGUCUAAAGAUACAAAGCUGAUUGUAGUCGUCCGGGAUCCUGUCACUCGCGCCAUCUCAGACUAUACCCAGACUCGCUCCAAGAAGCCAGACAUCCCCUCGUUCGAGAACCUGACCUUUAAGAACAUGUCAGCGGGUCUGAUUGACACGACAUGGAGUGCUGUUCAGAUCGGCAUGUACGCCAAGCACCUUGAGCGCUGGCUCCAGUACUUCCCCAUGGAGCAGCUGCUGUUUGUCAGCGGAGAGCGUCUGAUUAGCGACCCUGCGGGCGAGAUGGCUCGUGUCCAGGACUUUCUUGGGCUCAGGAGGGUGGUCACAGAGAAGCAUUUCCACUUUAACCCAGCAAAGGGCUUCCCCUGCCUUAAAAGACCUGAGUGGAACAGCAAGCCGCACUGCUUGGGCAAAACCAAAGGCAGGACCCAUCCUAAUAUUGACCCAGAGGUGGUGCAAAGGCUAAGGGACUUUUAUAAACCCUUUAACAACAAGUUUUACCAGAUGACUGGUCACGACUUUGGCUGGGACUAAAAGGAUGAUGUUGGACUCUGCAGGUCCCUUGUCUGUGAUUUUUUAUGAUUACAUCACUCUGGAGAUAUUGUUAUACAGUGUAUGUACAGUAUUUGGUGGCUGUGUAAAAAGUUCAGAAGUCUAUUUUAUGAUAAUUUAUUGUUAUGAUGAUUAACUCACUAAGCUGCCUAACCAGGUUUAUCAAUGACACACUUCAGUUUUAAUUCUCCUUGAGUACAUGAGCAUUUUUAUAAAAGCACAAUGUUUUUACGGGUAUUAUGAGCAGGGUCGGUGUCUUUUUUUUUCAACAGGACAUUUUUUUUGGGUUCAUACAUCUUCUUUUAGUUUUCCAAAUGUUGCUUUUGCUUCACAUAAACCCUGAACAAGGUCCAACUUUACAAACAACUGGUAAUAUCCCCUUAACAUUUGCCUGACCCUCAGAGGUCUGUGGACCCACUUAGUCAGGUCGAUACAGGCCUCAGCUGAUCCAGUGCCACUUGCCAGGUGGAUCAAUACAGUAAUAGCUCCUCAUCAUGUCAAUUAGACCUGAGUGAUGGCACUGCCUUGCUCCCUUGAGCACAGCAAUAAAACAUGGAUCCAUUAAUGGUAGUAAGUUUAUGGUUGACCCAUGAGCCAACUUCAAAUUAAUAUAAUAAUAUAAAUUUCCACUCCAAUGUUUUGACUCAACCACUAUUGGUACAGUUACUACAAAGGAAUGUUGAUUAGGAUCCAAUAGCGUGUCCUGUCAAGAUACUUGGGGAUGUUUUCAUCCAAAAACCUGCUGCACAGGCUUCUCAAUGCCUAAUCGCUUAUUGCUCUUUCCAAAAAGAAAAUGAGUCAUAUGGCUUAAUUACAUUCACUGAUCUGUACUAAAAUGUCUCUCAUUGAUCAUUCUGUACAGCUGUUUUGUACCACAGGUGAUACUAGAUGUGCUAACAAGGCCCUUACCCAUGAUACACCAACUGAAAUAAGCAUCUUUGUAGGUUACUUUCAGUGAUAGCUGAAAAGGAUCAAAAUAAUCCUACCUUGACCCCAAAGUCCUCAUUUGAAUUAAAUGUAUGGUUGAGUUUUAGUCAACCUUUAUAGACAUACAUUUGUCAGAAAUUUAACAUUCCAAGAUGACUGGGUACUGCAACCCCGCUGUGGUAGAGGCACUAUUUUGCUGUAGGAUGCAUUGCUUAACAAACAUGUAAAUGAAGCAGGUUUGGCAGAAAGUUUGAUUGAAAAGGUGCAGUCAUGGUAUUUUUAUGAAGUAAAAACAAUAAAUAUGUUUUACCAAAAUCA